GGGAGAAGAAGCAACGACAGCCACGAAUCGCUUUCAUGACGAAGAGUGAAGUUGAUCAUCUGGAAGAUGGAUAUAGAUGGAGAAAAUAUGGGCAGAAGGCCGUCAAGAAUAGCCCUUAUCCAAGAAGCUAUUACAGGUGCACGAGUCAAAAAUGCCCGGUGAAGAAACGAGUGGAGAGAUCGUACCAAGACCCCAGCGUUGUGGUGACGACGUACGAGGGGCAGCACAACCACCACAUCCCCACCAACCUCCGGGGAAGCUUCGCCGCCGGGAUGCUCACCCCGUCGAUGCUAACUCAGGCCACGCCCACCGCCUUCCCACAUCAUGACCUCAUGCUUCAACACUACGGCAGCAGCAGCAAUCACUACUUCCGCAGCAGCCUCCACCAUCAUGCCGCCGCCGCGCCAAAUAACCCUUACUUCGGGACUGCCGCCGCAGCUAAUCAUAAUAGUAAUAGUAAUGCGGCGGCGGCCACGGCAUUCUUAUCCGCUAAUCCCAAUCCUAAUGCCUCCUC